AUGGUUCAACAAAUGAAUGUGUUAAUGGUUAGGGCUAAUUUCACCCUAUAUCCCAAAUCGCAUCACAUCAACACCACAGCACCUACCCGUUCUCAAGGCCAAGGGAAGUGUGAGGUUCAGACAGAUAGGUUUUCAGGGAGCGUCCUCUGUUUACUGCUGCUGAAAUAUUCGGAGAAGAGGCUGUCCUAUUGGGAUUCAAUUAGGGUUGGUGGUGAAAUGGAGCCUGUGGUAGUUGAGCCCAAGAGGCGGGGAAGAAAGCGGAAGAAAAUUGAUGAACCAAACGUGAUGGAUUCUAAUGUCGGCAAAAGGGUAAAAGAGACAAGGUCAUUAAAACUCGUGGGAAGAUAUGUUAGGAAAGAGUUUGGUUGCAGUGGGGUAUUCUUGGGGAAAGUUGUGUGUUAUAAUACCGGUUUGUAUAGGAUAAACUAUGAGGAUGGGGAUUUUGAGGAUCUGGACAGUAUGGAAGUUAAGGGUUUUUUAGUGGAAGAUUGCGAUUUAAAUGGUGAGUGGUCUGAGAGGAAAGCAAAGUUGGAUGCGUUAUUAUUUGGUAAAGACGUAAAUGAAAAGAUUUUGGAAGUUGAUGCACUAGAGGCACCAAAAGCAAGCGAAAAGAUUUUAGAAGCUGAUGCACUAGAGGCACCAAAAGCGAGCGAAAAGAUUUUGGAAGUUGAUGCACUAGGGGCACCAAAAGCGAGCCUGGCUGAUUCAUCAGCGCAGAAUGAGAUGAGCAAUGGUGAAACAAGCGCCAAUGUAGUAAUGGAUGUUCUAAAUGAUAGUAAUGAUGAUGCCAAUGCUGAUGUUUUGAGUGAUUCAUGCGAAGAUUUUCAAGGGCAGGAUGCUAAUGUCGAGAUAGAAGGGCCCCUUGUUCCACCACCAGAAUUACCUCCUUCUUCUGGGCAUAUUGGUAUUCCAGAGGAGUAUGUGUCUCACCUUUUCGCAGUUCAUGGUUUCUUACGGUCAUUUAGCUUGCAGCUGUUCCUAUACCCCUUUGGAUUAGAUGAUUUUGUGGGUGCACUCAAUUGCUCUGUCGCGAAUACAUUGUUGGACUCUGUUCAUGUUGCUCUGUUGCGUGUCCUGAAACGCCACAUUGAGAGGCUCUCAUCAGAAGGUUCGGAUCUUGCAUCAAAAUGCUUGAGGUGUCUUGACUGGAGCUUGUUGGAUAACUUAACUUGGCCAAUCUACUUGGUCCACUAUCUGAUGGUGAUGGGUUACAAAAGGGGAACUGAGGGGAAAAAAUUCUACACCCAUACCUUGGAGAGAGAUUAUUACACUUUAUCGUCUGGACAAAAAUUAUUGCUUUUGCAGAUUUUAUGUGAUGACGUUAUGGAUUCUGAAGAACUGAGAGAAGAAAUGGAAAUUCGUGUAGAAUCAGAAGUAGGAGUUGACGCUGAUAUGGAUACAGUGAUCAGACCUAUUGUUGGAACCAGUAGAAUUCGUUCUAGAUACAAUAAAGCGUCUGCAUCCAAGGGUGUUGAAGCAAGUAUCUCAGAGCAUCAUGACAUCAAAUCUUCAGUGGAUAAUCAUUCUACUCAGCUAGAUGAACAAGUUGGGAGUUCAGCUGAUGAUGAUAGUAAUGGUGAUGAAUGUCGUAUUUGUGGCAUGGAUGGAUUGCUCUUAUGCUGUGAUGGGUGCCCUUCGUCAUAUCACUCGAGAUGCUUAGGACUGAGCAAGACGCAUAUGCCAGAUGGUUCCUGGUAUUGUCCUGAGUGUAAAAUAGAUGCAACUGAACCUAAAAUUGUACGAGAAACUGCUCUGAGGGGAGGGCAUAAUUUUGGUGUUGAUCCAUACCGACAAGUUUUUGUUGCGACUUGUGACCACUUGCUCGUAUUGAAAGCCUCAAAUAACUCUGAAAUAUGUCUCAAAUACUACAAGAAGCAUGACAUUCCCAGAGUUCUCCAUUGUCUUUAUUCAAACACAGAGCAUGCCGUAACAUAUAUGGAAAUAUGCAAGGGGAUCAUGCAGUAUUGGGAACUACCUGAAGACAUUUUACCUAGCCUCCAAGUGUCUGAAGUUGGAAUGCCAGUGGCAAAUAAAAUAGGGGUUGGUGAAUGUAACAGUUAUUUGGAUAAUUUAUUGGAAACUGGAUGUUAUCAGAAUGGUAAAAAUGCAGCAGACAUGGCUGCUUCAAGUCUUCCUAAGUCUCUGCAGGAGCCUGUCGAAAAUGAGAAUUCUUUGGAUAAAGUAUUCAUAUCUGAUCAGUUUGGUAAUGAAGAUUCUACUAGACAACAGUCCGUUUCAAAUAUGAACACGUCAAUUGUUGAACACAUAUUAUUUGGUGGUUUAACAGGCCACCCUGAUGACACCAGUGAGUUAAGCAAACAAAGUCAUUUGAGUGUUACAGGAGCUGUUCCCAACACCACAAGAACCUGUCAUGCUAAUAACAGUGGUCCGGCGUGUGGUGCUACCAAAGGAACUAACAUAUCACGUUCACACCUGAGGCUAACUAUUAAGCUUGACAGCAAGUGUCAUGGAAAUCCAUCUGAUGGUUGCUCGUACACAGGCUCUUCCUUCAAGACAGCUGGUUAUAUAAAUAAUUACCUGCAUGGAGAUUUUGCUGCUUCUGCAGCUGCUAAGUUGGCCAUUCUUUCAUCUGAAGAAAGCCAAGUUCUUGAGGCCCGCUCUUCAAAUAAUCGCCGAAAAGGUAUGUCCGACAAUAUUUCACUUCAGGUAAAAGCUUUCUCUGCAGCAACUACGAGGUUUUCCUGGCCGAAUCCCGAGAAGAAGCUUGUGGACAUACCUAGGGAAAGAUGCUCCUGGUGCUUUUCAUGUAAAGCUACAGGGUCAAGCAAGAGAGGCUGCUUGUUAAAUGCAGCUGCUUUAAAUGCCAUCAGAGGGACAGCAAAAGUUCCGGCAGGUGUCCGUCCUUUAAAGAAUGGGGACAGUAGACUUGCUGGCAUGACCACAUACAUCUUGUAUAUUGAGGAGAGCUUGAGUAGUCUUGUUAUCGGUCCUUUCCAUAAUGAUUCUUUUCGGAAAAGGUGGCGUAAGCAAGUUGAACAGGCUUCUAGUUGCAAUGCAAUAAAGAUCCUUUUGCUUGAACUUGAGGAGAAUGUACGCCCAAUUGCCUUCUCUGGAGACUGGGUAAAGGUUGUUAGUGGCUGCUCAACUCAAUCUUCCAAUGUUCAGAUUGCAGCAAAUGCUGCUGGAUCAGUUCAGAAGCGUAAACCGGGGAGGCGUGGUAGGAAACCUUCUGCCGUUGUAGAAGUUUCAACUGAUGAUUGCGGGGAUUCGUCGAAUAACUUCACCUGGUGGAGAGGAGGUACAUUGUCCAAGCUUAUGUCUCAAACAGCGACCCUUCCACGUUCAAUGAUUAGGAAAGCUGCCCGUCAAGGUGGUUCAAAGAAUAUACCUGGAGUACAAUAUGUUGGAGGACAUGAGACCCCUAAAUGUAGCAGGCAGCUUAUCUGGCGGUCAGCGGUUGAAAUGAGUAGGAACAUAGCACAACUUGCACUUCAGUCAUCAUAUCUGGUCAUCUCUUUUUUGUACUUUCCUGAUAACACAAUGGUGCUUCAUCAGAUUCGAUACCUUGACUUCCAUGUGAGGUGGAGUGAUCUCGUUCGUCCAGAACAGGGCCCCCCUGAUGGAAAAGGCCCAGACACAGAAGCUUCUGCUUUUAGAAAUGCUUCUAUUUGUGAUAAAAAAGUUCUGGAACAUGAGAUAAGAUACUGCGUUGCUUUUGGUAGUCAGAAACAUUUGCCCUCUCGUGUGAUGAAAAAUGUAGCAGAAGUAGAGAAAUUUCAUGAUGAUGGAAAGGAGAGAUACUGGUUCUCUGAGACGCGCAUCCCUUUAUAUCUGAUUAAGGAUUAUGAAGAGAAAGUGGGGAAAAGCAACUCUGUUGAUGUGCUGUCUAAACUGCAGAGGAGGCAGCGGAAAGCUUCUCAAAAGAGUAUUUUCUACUAUCUCUGGCGGAAGCAAGAUAAUACGGCCAAGAGUCAUUGUUGUUCAUGUCAUCAGGAUGUCCUGCAUUGGAAUGCUGUCAAAUGCAGUGCUUGCCAAGGUUUAUGCCAUGAAAAUUGUGCCAUCAGCUUGACAGGUCAUACGAACACAGAAGUCAAUUAUGUAAUCACUUGCCAGCGUUGCUCUGAGACUCUUGCCAUUAAUCAGGCCCCACAUAGCUACGGGUCCCCAACAAGCCCAUUGCUUCUUCAAGUCCCAAAAGCAGUUACCUCCAGCAAACGUGUCAAAGUAGUCGGUCAUAAAGCAUCACCGGCAUCUUUUGAGCCACAAAAGCGUACUAAGGAGAUGAAAUCUUGUAAUGACUCGGGAACAGCUAAUAAAAAUAAAAUUAGGCAUUGGGGCCUAAUAUGGAGGAAGAAUAAUUGUGAAGACACUGGCGCUGAUUUCAGACUUGAAAACAUCAUUCUGAGAGGCAAUCCGGAUAAAAACCCUGACAGACCCAAUUGCUGCCUUUGUUCUAAACCGUACAAUGCCGAGCUGAUGUACAUCAAAUGUGAAGCAUGCAACCGUUGGUUUCAUGCGGAGGCCCUUGAACUGGACGAGUCUCAGAUUUCCAACUUGUUGGGGUACAAAUGCUGCAGGUGUCGUAGGCUAAAACGUCCCCAUUGUCCAUACAGUGAUGAAAAAAAAAAGAAGGAAAAAAAGAAGAAAAUGAAGGGCAGAAAUCCUAAACUCGAUAUUCAGGAUAUGGACUCCAAUUCUCAGUCGAGCUUUGAAACUUUUUUAGAAGACGGGCAACUUCAUCCCGCAUUACACCAAAAUGAAGAAAUCAAUCACGCUGUAGGAGAUGAUACCCUUCUCCUUUCUCUCUCUGAACUAGAGCAGUGCACCCAAACGUCCGAACCUGAACACGAAUGCAAUAACUCAAAUGCAUCUUUUUCCGGUCCAAGGAAGCUGCUGGUCAGAAGACAUAUCAAGCAAGAAAACAACAAUUCACCUGUUCCUUUUGAAGCGAAUUUCAACUCUACUGGGAAAUUACCAGUUAGGAAAAAUGCAAAGAGGGAAAAAAGCAGGUCAGAUUGUUAUCCCAAAUUAACCAAGUCUUUGGAGUUAAAAAGCAGGUCAGAUUGUUUUCCAGAAACAACCAACCCUUUGGAAUUCAACUACCCGUUAUCCUCUCAAGCGCAAUGGGAUGUUCCCGAUAACAGCUUUGACGACAGUGUAAUAUUGGACUUUGAUGGUAUUGGUUAUGACGAGAAUACGGAUUUUGAACCUCAGACGUAUUUCUCUUUCAAUGAACUGCUUGCGCCUGAUGAAAACGAGUCACAGGAAAAUGCUGUUGUGGGAGAUUUGGAAAAUCUGUCUGUUCUUCCAGAAAAUGAAAUGGUUGAGAUAUUAUAUGAUGAGGAGGAACCCAUUGUCUCUGUUGGGACCACAUUUGAGAUUCAGCCUUGUAAAUUUUGUUCACUGAGCGAACCUUGUCCGGAGCUUUGCUGUCAAGUGUGUGGUAUUUCGGUACAUAGCAGCUGUUCGCCAUGGCUCGAGUCUUCAUCUUUGGAGGAAUGCUGGAAGUGUGGUGAUUGUCGUGAGUGGCGAAUUUUGCAUAAGUCUUACAAAAUCUUGAUAAGGAUGCACUUUUUGUGGCUGCAUAAAAAGAAUGUUUGUGGAGGGGCCAUAGGGUUGCUUUGGUGGGAUGGAGAUCAGAAUUUGCAAGUUCAGUUUGAUCAACAUGAAGGUGGUGGUGGUGGUGGUGGUGGUGGUGGAGUGAAUUUGUUAAGACUUGAGUUUGAUUCAUUAAGACUCGAGAUUGACUAG